AUGUCGGUGCCCGGAGCGGCGGUGCAUGAUCCGUUUGUGUGGCGGAUUGUGUCGCCGGCUGAGCCGCAGACGCCUGUCCUGCGGUACGGACACACCGCGAUCGAGUUUGAUGGGUGCAUGUACGUGUUUGGCGGGUUCAAUCCCGAGGUAGGCACGCUGGCCGACCUCUGGGUCUUUCACUUUGACUCGAACGUGUGGACGCAGCUUGAGCCCGGGGGCGACCUCCCUGCACCGCGGUUCUACCACUCUGCGGUGCGAUGCGGGCGGGCGAUGUACGUGUUUGGCGGACACUCGGGCCACGGCGGGACGUACUACGACGACGUUCUCAAGUUCGACUUUGACGAGUGCGAGUGGGUGCCCGUGCAAGUGAGCGGGCUUGUGCCUGCUGGGCGGCGGUCGCACACGGCGGUGGUCUGGCCGCCUGCCGGGCAGACCGUGGGCGAUGGCGGGGUCGAGCCGGAGCGGGCCAUGUAUGUGUUUGGCGGCUUUUGCGGAACGCACCACUCAUCACAGAUCCACCGACUUUCGCUGGUCACCUUUGAGUGGUCGCGUGUGGAAACUGUUGCCGAGACGGUCCCGCCAGUGUUGCAGCUCUCGCCGGCAGUCUCGCCGCGGGCAGUGUCUGCGGUUGAGAGUCCGGUUCUACGGACGCGGCCGGCUGGGCAGCAGCCGACCCGCCACCGGCGGCGGCCGUCGGGCGCCGACGUGAUGGGCGCCGACGGCGCGCCGCAGGCGCUCAAGGGCCACACUGCUGUGGUCCACGAGGGCUUGAUGUAUGUGUUUGGCGGUCAGACCGGAGCGCUCUCGGCGUCGUCGAUCCUGUUUCAGUACCAAUUUGCAACGCGGACGUGGCGGGUGCUCGAGUUUGACGGCGAGCCACCCGAGCUGCGGUCGGGUCACGUUGCUGUGACACACUACGGCGACAUGUACGUGUUUGGUGGCAAGCAUGGCGAGCGCGGGGUGGUCUGGCGGGUGGCGCUCCGGCCACAGGCCAACGGGCGCUUUGAGUGGCGGCGGAUCGAGUGCCGCGGCAUCCAGCCGCGCGCCCGCUCUUUUGCCUCGGCCGUUGUCUGCAACGACCGCAUUGUCGUUUUUGGUGGCUACGCCAACGACUCGAUCAAGAAGCGAAAGCACUUUCGCAAUGACCUGCUCGAGCUUGCGCUCGAGCCCAUCGUUGUCCCGCCGCCGUCGCUCGACUCGGACCUGCGCGCGUUUCUCAACUGCCCCGAGCUAGCCGAUGUCACCUUUCGGGUCGGCGCCUCCCGCGUCGCAGUCCCGGCUCACAAGCUCAUCCUCUGCGCCCGCUCCGAGACCUUCCGGCUCAUGUUCCGCAAUCCAAUGCGCGAGUCGCUCGAGUCGGUUGUCGAGCUGCCCGAGGUCGAGCCGACCGUCUUUGCGCCACUCCUCGAGUUUAUGUACACCGACCAUGUCCAGCUCCGCGGGCAGUUCGAGCUUGCGGCGCAACUCAUUCCGCUGGCCGAGCAGUACGCGCUCCCGCGGCUCAAGGCGCUAUGCAUCGACACGCUGCGGACCGCGAUCUCCGUCCCUAAUGUCGUGUUUCUCCUCAUGCUCGCCGAUCUCUACCACUCCGACGGCCUCAAGCGGCUCUGCCUCGACUUUAUGGUUGCUCAUCUCCCGGUUGUCCGCCAGCAGCCGUCAUUUGCCGAGCUCAAGCACAAUCCCGAGCUCCUGUUUGAGGUCAUGCAGCGGUUUGGCGUUGCCGCCCGGACGCGGUCGUAGUUGUUGCACAGCAAAGCUCCGUCGUCACAACAUGAGCCAUCCAUCGUCGUGUGUUCGUGUUCGUUACAAAUUAAAAAGGAAACAGAUUGUCGGAAA